AUGCCGGUCCAGUUGAUGGGAAAAUGCUUCUUGUUAUUGUUGAUGCGUUUAGCAAAUGGCCAGAUGUGUGGAUUACAUCGUCAGUUUCUGCUCAUGAAACUAUUGAAAAAAGUCAGACUUUCAUUUGCUACACAUGGAUUACCACUAGUUGUAGUCACUGACAACGCUGGUUGUUUUGCAGGAGACGAAUUUGCAACAUUUCUAAAGGCAAAUGGAGUGAAGCACUUGUUUUCACCACCGAGACAUCCGGCUUCUAAUGGCCAAGCUGAAUCAAUGGUAAAACAAGUUAAACUUGGAUUGAAGAAACAAGCACCAGCAUCUUUGUCAGUCAGACUUGUUCGGUGGUUAUUUAAAUACCGAACUACACCACAUACAACGACUGGUCAGACUCCGUCGGAAUUACUUUUUCGUCGUAAGAUUAGAACGCAUCUUGAUCUAAUCGCACCUUCAUCACGUUUGAAGAAGUCAGCAGAGAAUGUUCCAAGUGGAAUAAUAAGAACUUUUCACAUUGAUGACCCAGUUUUUAUUACAGAAGUCGUUGGAUCUCGUUUCAAAUGGUUACCUGCCACAGUAACUGAAGUUAUGGGUCAAAUGUGUCGUGUUCGUUUGAACGAUGGAAGAAUUUUUAGACGUCAUCUUGAUCAUAUUCGACAUCGAUUUUCUGCUGAUGAUGUAAUGGUACGUGAAGGGAAUCAAGAUUUUAGAAUGAGUGAGAGAAUACCAGCUGCAAUUCCAACAGGAAUACCUGAUGUUGAUGUGGGAGAUAGAAAUUCAACUCCGACCUCUACUGCUAUUGAAGAGACUGAUGAAUCUCAAAAUGACAGAGACAAUGUAGACCCAGUUCCUAAUUUUCCAGAAUCGUCCAGUAAUUCAAACAUACCUUAUAAAACAAGAUCUGGCAGAAUAUCAAAACCGCCAGAAAAACUAUCUCUAUAA